CUUUAUUUCUUUCCUAAAUUCAAUUCAUUAUUAUUUCAGUCUAUUGUCUUCCAUAAGACACACUUUUUAGGCCCAGUUUUGAGGCACUGUGCAGCCAGCAGAUACUUCACAAAUUAGUGUUGUUGGCCCGCUUAGUGUCCGAAUGUUUACUUGAUGCUGAGAUCGAGAUUCGUUGUCUGGCUGGCUAUCUAGACGAGUCAUCUGUCUGUCCGUUGUCUGCAGUUAGAUGUUGGCUGUUGGCUGUCCAAGCACUCUUGGUGGUUGGACUAUAAAAGUAACGCAAUGCACGCAAUCCAUUUGCAGUUGCAGUUCUCAUUCGAACCAAAGCGAAUAAUAAACCAAACCACGAUGAAAUUACUGAUCCUUACCACACUCUUGGCAGUGGCGAGUGCUGCUCCAGGACUUCUGGACUACGGACAUUCGGCACCAGCGAUCAGCUAUGGACAUGCUGCUCCUGCCAUUACCUAUGCCGCCGCUGCUCCUGUAAUUAAAUCGUAUGCAGCUCCGGCCAUUACUUAUGCAGCCCCGGCACCAAUCAUCAAGUCGUAUGCUGCUCCUGCCAUCAGCUAUGCUGCCCCGGCUCCAAUUAUCAAAUCGUAUGCUGCUCCUGCCAUUAGCUAUGCCGCCCCCACACUUGUCAAAUCCUAUGCAGCUACUCCGGCGGCCACUAGCUACUCGCACUUCAGUUCGGUUGUUUCCCAUGCCACACCCGUGAUUAAGUCAUAUGCUGCUCCUGCUCUGGUCAAGUCGUAUGCCGCUCCCGCCAUUAGCUACGCUGCACCCGCCUUGGUCAAGUCCUAUGCCGCUCCCGCCAUUAGCUACGCUGCGCCCGCCUUGGUCAAGUCGUACGCUGCCCCAGCCAUAACAUUGGGAGGCUAUGACCAUGGCUAUGGUUAUCACUAAGCGAGGUGAGAUGAGGAUCGAGGAUUAGCAGCAACAGCAACAGCAGUAUGCACGUUUUCCCAAUAGUAUUCACUGUCCCAAAAGUAGUCGAAUAUAUAUUAAAUGCAACGCUUCUUCUUUCA